AUGUCCGAACAAUCCCCGGCCACAUCGCCGACGCCUUGUUCCGACCCGGACAGCCCAAGGAGUGAAGGCCAUACGAACGAUGUGGUUGCGAAGAUUUCUUUGCCUGAGCCCGGCAUUAACCCUUUCAGCAUUAUGCAACAUUCCAUAAACAAUCGCCGUGCUCCUCUGGAGACUUUGUGUCGUAUCUUCCCCCACAUGAAGCGAUCUGUGUUACAGCUCAUUCUACAAGGUUGCAACAGUGACAUUGUCCAAGCCAUCGAACAGGUACUCAACAAUCAUCCUGAUCAGGCUGAUCGAUCGACCAUGUUGUCAACUGAUCCGAGUUCGAUCUCAGUGACAACUCCUUCCUAUCUUCCACCUUCGCUUAGUGGAAAUACCGGUUUCAAAUCAGCAUUUUCGCCCAUCUCUAGUUUGAGUAACGCAGCAGCUGCUCACUCGGCGCUCAGCUCGGUCCGAUACACGUAUGGGGCUGGCGGUCGCGGUUUGGCGUUCGCUAUGCCUUACCCUCCUGUUCUUCCAACCUUUGCUAUGGGAUCUGCUGCUUAUAGCUACACCGGUCUUGCUGGGCCAGCAAACAAAGCGUUUCACUACGCCAUGUGUCCUUGCUGUACAGUUAAACCCUAUUCACAAACAAGUACUGAAAAGUCAACAGGUUGCCUUGGGGAGUCGUGA